CUAACGUUCCUCAAGCUCAAAACACUUCUAAGAAUUGUUUUUGUUAAUUUACAUUUUUUUAUCUUAACGCGAGUUAUAUCAAAUAUUAAAAUGCGAACGAUAGUAAUCCUGUUAGUCCUGGCAUCAGUUGCAUCUCUUGGCCUGGCAGCACCCGCACCCCAGCAAGAAAUAACAAUAAUCCGUCAGGAAGAGAACAACAGUAUCGGAGUAGGAGGUUACCAUUUUUCCUACGAGCAGAGUGAUGGACAAAAACGAGACGAAACAGCGGAGCUCGAGAAUGAAGGCACCGACGACGAAGCGAUGAAAAUCACCGGUAGCUACAGUUUCGUCGCGCCCGAUGGUAAAACCUACAGGGUAGAUUACACCGCUGACCGCGACGGCUACCACCCCGUGAUCACCCUCGCGUAA